AGAUGACGUGGAAACCCAUCAUCUGCCUGGCCGCACUUGUACUCUCGGCCUCGGCAAUUCCAGUCGAUAACAAUGUGGAAGGAGAGCCAGAGGUCGAAUGCGGACCAAACUCGAUCACAGUGAACUUCAACACCCGUAACCCAUUCGAAGGACACGUUUACGUGAAGGGACUCUACGACCAAGCCGGUUGCAGAUCCGACGAAGGAGGCCGCCAAGUUGCCGGAAUCGAGCUUCCAUUCGACUCGUGUAACACCGCUCGUACCCGUUCCCUCAAUCCAAAAGGAGUCUUCGUUUCCACCACCGUCGUCAUCUCAUUCCAUCCUCAAUUCGUCACCAAGGUUGAUCGCGCCUACCGUAUCCAAUGCUUCUACAUGGAGUCCGACAAGACUGUGUCCACACAGAUCGAAGUCUCGGAUCUCACCACUGCCUUCCAGACCCAGGUCGUACCAAUGCCAGUCUGCAAAUACGAGAUCCUUGACGGAGGACCAUCCGGACAACCAAUCCAGUUCGCCACCAUCGGACAACAAGUCUAUCACAAAUGGACUUGCGAUUCUGAGACCACUGACACCUUCUGCGCCGUCGUUCACUCUUGCACUGUCGAUGAUGGUAAUGGCGACACCGUUCAGAUUCUUAACGAAGAAGGAUGUGCUCUUGACAAGUUCUUGCUCAAUAACUUGGAGUACCCAACUGACUUGAUGGCUGGCCAAGAAGCUCACGUCUACAAAUAUGCCGAUCGCUCCCAACUCUUCUAUCAAUGCCAAAUCUCCAUCACCAUCAAGGACCCAGGAAGCGAAUGUGCCCGUCCAACUUGCUCAGAGCCACAAGGAUUCGGAGCCGUCAAACAAGCUGGUGCCGGAGGAGCUCAUGCCGCCGCUGCUCCACAAGCUGGAGUUGAAGAAGUUCAAGCUGCUCCAGUCGCCGCUGCCGCUCCAGUUGCUGCUCCAGUGGCAGCUGCUGCAGCAGCUCCAGCCGUUCCACGUGCCACACUUGCUCAGUUGAGAUUGCUCAGAAAGAAGAGAUCUUUCGGAGAGAACGAAGGAAUUCUUGAUGUUCGUGUUGAGAUCAACACUUUGGAUAUCAUGGAGGGAGCCUCCCCAUCUGCUCCAGAAGCCGCCGCUCUCGUCUCCGAGGAAUCCGUCCGUCGCAGAGCCACCAGCACAGGAAUCUGCCUCACCCCAAUCGGAUUCGCUUCUUUCCUCGGUAUCGGAACAAUUGUUGCCACCGCUCUCUCCGCCACCAUCUUCUACGUGGCUCGUCCAACUUCCCACAAGCACUAACUCAAUGUUGUCCUUUUUAAUUUAUAUCAAUAAGUUAUUUCCUAAUUUAUUUGCCCCACCAUGAUCCCUUUUUAUCACCUCCACUCCAUCCCCACAACAAUCGAUUUAUUUGUACGUAAUACCGUGCAAUAAACCAUUUCUUUUGAGCAUUAUUUUAAUGAGCCAACGAUGUUUGUUUUGUUUUGACCGGUACUUUGUGAAUGAACUUCUCUCUGAAUCA